AUGACGACCUACUUCCGAAUCACACUCAUGCGCUCGGCCAUUGGCCUGCCCGCACGCACAAACAUGGUGCUCCACGCCCUGGGCCUGAAAAAGCGAAUGGCCACAGUCUUCUACCCGGUCUCCCUCGACGUGGCCGGUCAAAUCAUGAAAGUGAAAGAAUUGGUCUCGGUGCAGGAAGUCGACGAGCCCCUGACAAAGGCCCAAGUGCAUAUGCAACGGAAACCGGAUCUGGGUUAUUAUAUUGAGCAGACUUCAGAGCAGCAAUGGGAGGGGAGGAGGUUUGGAUGA